CUGUUUUCCGACGGUCAUCGAACGCAUCAGCUAGCCCGGCACAGGAGACAGGACAACAUGGCUGCUACUGCGGGCCGCUAUUACGGAGAAGGAGGUAGAGCGACAAAAAGACAGAAAACUGAGGACGGAGGAAUGACCACGGAGAAUUACGAUGAUCCUCACAAGCCUCUGCCCUCCCCGGUGGUUCACAUCAGGGGCUUGGUGGACGGCAUCAUGGAGGCUGACCUGGUGGAGGCCCUGCAGGAGUUUGGGGCCAUCAGCUAUGUUGUCAUGAUGCCCAAGAAGCGCCAGGCUCUGGUUGAGUACGAAGACAUGAACGGCUCCUGCAACGCCGUGACGUACGCCGCCGACAACCAGGUUUACAUCGCAGGCCACCCCGCCUUCAUCAACUACUCCACCAGUCAGAAGAUCUCCCGGCCAGGAGACUCAGACGACACCCGCAGCGUCAACAACGUGCUGCUGCUCACCAUCAUCAACCCCAUCUACCCCAUCACCACGGAUGUUCUCUACACCAUCUGCAACAACUGUGGUCCCGUACAGAGGAUUGUCAUCUUCAGGAAGAACGGCGUUCAGGCCAUGGUUGAGUUUGAUUCAGUCCAAAGCGCGCAGCGGGCUAAAGCCUCUCUGAACGGGGCAGACAUCUACUCUGGCUGCUGCACUCUGAAGAUUGAAUAUGCCAAGCCUCCUCGCCUGAAUGUCUUUAAAAAUGACCAGGACACGUGGGACUACACCAACCCCAACCUGAGUGGCCAAGAUGCUGAUGGGGAUGGCAAUUGGAACAGUUCACAAGAUCCCAACGCCAACCCCAACAAGCGCCCGAGGCAGCCGGCUCUCCUGGGAGAUCACCCGCCGGACUACGGUGGCCCUCAGGGCGGUUACCACGGCUACAGCGACGACAGCUACGGCCCCCCUCCUCCCCACCGCAUGGGGCCGGGGAUGGGGGGGCGUGGCCGGGGCAGCCAGCGCUACGGCCCGGGUUAUGGACCCCCUCCUCCUGACUACGGUCCGCACGCCGACUCCCCCGUUCUCAUGGUGUACGGCCUGGAGCCCUCCAAGAUCAACGCCGACAAGGUCUUCAACAUCUUCUGUCUCUACGGCAACGUGGAGAGGAUCAAGUUCAUGAAGAGUAAGCCUGGAGCAGCCAUGGUGGAGAUGGGAGACUGUUACUCUGUGGACAGGGCCAUCUCUCACCUCAACAACAACUUCCUGUUUGGCCAGAAGCUCAACGUGUGUGUGUCCAAGCAGCAGGCCAUCGUUCCGGGCCAGUGCUACCAGCUGGAGGACAACAGCAGCAGCUUCAAGGACUUCCACGGCUCGCGCAACAACCGCUUCACCUCCCCGGAGCAGGCGGCCAAGAACCGCAUCCAGCACCCCAGCAACGUGCUGCACUUCUUCAACGCGCAGCCCGACAUCACCACGGAGAUGUUCAACCAGGUGUGUGAGGAGCUCGGAAUCAAGACCCCCAGCAAUGUGAAGCUGUUCACUGGAAAGAGUGAGAGGAGUUCCUCCGGCCUGUUGGAGUGGGAGUCCAUCAACGAUGCCAUGGAGGCUCUGGCUCUGAUGAACCACUAUCAGAUGAAAAACCCCAGUGGACCGUACCCAUACACACUGAAGCUGUGUUUCUCCACCACACACCACGCCAACUGA